CCUGACCGCGAGUGGCGUUACCAAUUCUCAUCCCCUCUUCAAGCAACCCUCGUCCCUUUUCGACCCCCGGCCCGCCCCGUCUGGGUCCGUGGCGCACUCAAUCAUCUUCUGGACUUCGUCGUUGGAAUCCAUCCUCGCCAAAGAUCUCAGCUCUUCAACCCCCAGCAGGCGGCAACAAUCGACCACAUAUAUCUUUCCUCUGUCUCACAGGGAUCGCUUAGCUCGCAGCCGCAGCAGGUGCUUCCUACUCAAACCAGCCAGGCUCCUCCCACGCCUAUCUUCGAUUCGCUUGCGAAGCUCGCCGGUCUUGGGCCUCAAAUGGCGUUGUCCGAGUCACCUCGGCACCAAACUCCACAACCUCCCGUAGAUAUGGCGUCCGCUCCUCGCCGGACAGCCCUACCGUCACGACCAGUGUCCUCAAGGGACGUUAGCGAUAUGACGCAGCGCUCACAGCACGAGGCCACUCUUCAGGACACUCGAGAAGUUGGGUACGAUGCAGGGGCUUCGCCAACAGCAGCUAGCGCCUCUGCUGUGUCGCCAGCUCCUCCGAGUCCAUCGCAGUACAAAGCAAGCCCCAGCCCGUCAACCCAGAGUAAAUCUCAAGUCGGUUCCAAUCAAGGCUACACUGGUCAGAUCUGCAGCAACUGCGGGACAACCCGAACCCCUCUCUGGAGGAGAUCGCCCCAAGGCGAGACCAUAUGUAAUGCUUGUGGGCUAUAUUUGAAAGCCAGGAAUGCUGCUCGUCCCAUCAACUUAAAGCGACCACCAAAUGUGGCUGCGGAUGCAGCUCGGCAAUCGCCUAUCAAGUUGUCUCCCAAAGCCCAAAUCCCGCUGCUGCCGAACGCACCAGCAGCGACAUACGUAGCCGCUGAUCAGACACCGUCGGGGACGUGCCCGGGAGGAGGAAGAUGCAAUGGCACCGGCGGCGCCGAGGGAUGCAACGGCUGCCCAGCAUAUAACAACAGGCUCUCAAAGAGCGCGAGCCUGACGGUUACGAGAUGCCAGAGCGCGAAUGUCCAAUCGAGCGGUGGCGCGGAUGACCCGACGCCGAUCGACGUCGGAGCAUUACAUCUCCAGAGCCAGGGUACAACGGUGGUCAUUGCCUGCCAGAAUUGCGGAACCACCAUUACGCCCCUUUGGCGCAGGGACGAGGCUGGGCAUACCAUCUGCAAUGCUUGCGGGCUCUACUAUAAACUUCAUGGAGUACAUAGGCCUGUUACGAUGAAGAAAUCCAUCAUCAAGCGGCGGAAACGUGUGAUCCCUGCCGUAGGCGGAGGGCAGGACUCGGAGGGCACGCCGAGCGAACGUGGGAAUUCGCCACCGUCAGACACCGAGCCACCCAAAGAGAGGGGCUCCGUAAACCCAGAUGGGUCCGUGAAUCUCGGCAUCCGGCGACAGGAGAAGCUACCUCUAGCACCGGUCCCGGAUAUGGUUCCCAUGCAGAACAGGCAGACACCUCCGUCAAACGACCUGGGGCAAUAUCACUUGGCCCACCAAAACCAACCUCAACAGGUCCCCGAGUCACUGAUCGACGAGAAUCGGCUAGCGCCGUUGACCUCGAUACCGACUCCACAAGAUCGCCAAUUGUCGCUGUCGCCAGCAUCAUUCCUUUCUCCUUCACGGAAACGUUCCUUUUCCGCUGCCGACAUGGAGCACCCCCACCAGAAUGAUGGGGAUCAGCCAAAGCGUCUCUCGUCCAUCAAAUCGAUAUUGAACCCGACCGUGACGAGACACGAGUCAGAAGAAGAUCGCAGACAGACGCGGCAGCUUUUUAUGACGCAGUGCACCACGGCCGCCUCAACACCGAGUCCAGCAGCAUUCCCGAACGGCGACCCUAUAGACGCUUCACGACCGCCUCUUAUUCCGCACUGUAGCGCGUCGGAUUCUGCUCGGCAUAUCGAGAGAACCAAAGCGGAGAAGCGGGCGAUGCUGGAGCGUGAAAGAGAGAUGAUGAGGGAACUGUUGGCUGCCAAGGAGAGGGAGCUCGCUGAGCUAGGAGAAUGAGGCGGACUCUAAACUGCUCCCCAGGACUCCUUGUGCCCGACACAACCGGCGUGGAGUAUUCAAUGAUCAUGGCUGCUUAAAACCGUAGCGAGGUUCGAGAUC